UUGCUGACCCCCGUGAUGCCUCCUGCAGGAUCUCAGGGGCUCUUGUGCCUUUGCUCCCCACAGAGCCUUUGCUUCACUAGGGAUACCCAGUACCUGCUCCUCAGAGCCUCGGUGGCUGCCGUGACCAGCAGCAGCAAGGAGCUGAGCUUCCAGGCGUCCCUGACCAUCAGGCACCGAGGGGAUGGAGGUGCCCCUCUGUCCCUCAUGGAGACCCAGCAGCUCCUCUUUGGCUCAGAUGAGAAAUGUUUCACCAGGAUGACACCUGUGCUGCUCCUGCUGGCUGGUUCAACACCUGAGGAUGAUGCUGCAUCCCCUUCCUCCUAUCUCUCUGCCAGUGGGGUGGUGGAUGUGGCUCCCUAUCCACAGCUCAGCCCACCCCAUCCCGGCACCGCAGAGCCGCCGUCCCACACCACUGCCAGCCCAGCCAACACCACAUCCCCAACGGCAGGAGACAGCGGGCAGUUCCUGGGUGUGCUGACCCUCUUCAUCCGCCGGGUGCUGAGCCCCCGCAGCGAGCCGCCCACCCAGCCCAGCUCCCAGCACUGGCUGGACUUCCAGAUGAUGGAGACGCUCCCGCACCAACUGCUCAACCUGUCGGAGACGGCCGCCCUGGAGCGCCUGGUGCAGUCAGAGGAGCCCUCGGUGCUGCUUUUCCCCCAGGAGGGCGGCGUGGGGCUGGAGCAGCAUUUUGGGGACUGGCAGCUGGAGGGGACGGUGCUGCAGCUGCUGAUGGGCAAACUGCAGGCUGUGAUCCACGACCUGAGGGACAUCCCGGAGUUCCAAGCCAACACGGGGCUCUUCCAGCAGCUCCUGAGCUUCUGCUACCACCCUCCAGGGCCGGCCGCGGGCGGGCAGCCCCCAGGUUCGGGGAAGCUGCACGCAUUGCUGCUGCUGAAGGCGCUGCAAACGGUGCGGGCGCGUUGGCAGGAGAGGAGGAAAGUCCUGCGGCAAAACCGCAGCGCGCGGCACCAGGCGCACUGCCGGCUGCAGGAGCUGACCAUCGACCUGCGCGACCGCAACUUCAUCGUCAUGCCCACCGUCUAUGCGGCCAACAACUGCGAGGGGCCCUGCAAGCUGCCCCUCUCCACCCGCGUGCCCGGCUACCACUCGCACACCGUGCUGCUGCUGGGCAUGCAGGAGCGGGGCUCGCCGCUGCAGCGCGCUCCGUGCUGCGUGCCCGUCCGUUACUCGGACCAGCUCAUCAUCAGCGUGUCGGCCGAGGGGUUGGAGGUGCGCAAGUUCCCCAACAUGGUGGCGGAGGAGUGCGGCUGUCGGUAGAGGUUCCCACCUGCAGCCCUCGUGCAGUGCUCCUGGCUGAGAUGGGAGCAUCCCUCCGAGCGCCUUUUCCUCCUGGUUUGCCUCCUAGCGUUGCUCUGGUUCUGUUUUUAUUCUGUGGGUUGUGCUGCCCUACAUCGGCCUGCAGUGUCUUGUGGCCGUACCCAUCCCUGAGCCCUUGGGGGCAAAACCUCCGGUUCCACUCUGCUGUUCCAUGGGGUCCCAUCCCCACACUUGGCCAUGGCAAUGGCUGCAGUGCUGGGCUUGCUGCUGGGUGCUGCUGUGCUGCUCCACGCUGUCACCGCUCCCCAGAGCACAGCAGAUCCCAUUACAUGUCUUAACAUUAUUAGUGUGAAUGACAUCAGCACACAGAGCCCGGCUGCCCCGUGCCAGCUCCCAGCUGAGUUCCAUGGGACCCCACCAUCAGGCUGAGUCCGUGUGACAGGGGCACAGCCCCCCACCCCCCUCUCUCUUUGCUCUGCGUUCUCUCUUCUUUUUACAACACACAAACGUAUCCAGAAACAUGGUAUAUAUAUAUAUAUAUAUAUAAUUUUUUUAAGACAUUUAAUACCUUCUUAAAAAUGAACAUCAGUUUGUUUUAACCACUAUUGGUUUAGCAAAUACUCAAACCCGCUGCAGUCGGAGACUCCUGCAGUUGCUGCAGCACUGUGUGGUAAUGCUCGUGUGCUUUCUCCCUAAAAGCAGCUCUGCGGAGCAGGACCUGAGCUCUGGUUCCAAAGCUUUGGGCCUCCUGCACUGGGGCCAUGUGUCCACGCUCCGAGGGCAGCUUGGCUUCCUUCACCCGGAACACACUUCUCUCUUUGAUUUGUUUUUCAAUAAAAUCAUUCACUGAAUUAAAGAG